GUCGCUCCUACGCUCAGCGCCGCGUCAGUACAUGCGGGCUCGCCGCGGCGUGCGAACCAUAUUUUUCCGGAGGUAUACAUCUUCAUAUCCCGUCCAGCGCACUUUACAUUUCUUACUCCUUCUCGUUAACUCGCGAUAACCGCGUUCCAAGUUUUCGAUAAGCUACUUGAAAAAAUUUAACGCGAAUUCUCAGCAACUUGUUCUCAAGAUUCAAAUCGGCGAUCAAAAAUCGAGAACCAUGCCAGCGGACGCCGAACUCAGCAACCUGCUCAACAGACGGCAAAGGAUCAACGACGAACUCGAGGAGGGUAAAGAGGUGAAGAAGCAAUACAAGUUUGUAAACGUUUACACCGAGUUCCAUGAGUUGUCGCGCCGCGAGAUCAAGCAAUACGAGCAGACUUUCAACAGAUUCGACGAUGGGCACGACGGCUACCUCGAUCUCUCCGAACUAAAGCGAAUGAUGGAAGUUUUGGGUGCACCGCAAACGCAUCUCGGACUUAAAGCGAUGAUCCAGGAGGUCGACGAGGAUGGCGACGGUCGUAUAUCUUUCCGUGAGUUUUUACUGAUCUAUCGUAAGGCGCGUGCCGGUGAGUUGGAACAGGAUUCUGGAUUGAGCCAGCUGGCCAGACUCACUGAAGUGGACGUUGAUGAAGUUGGUGUUACCGGAGCUAAAAACUUCUUCGAAGCUAAAAUCGAGCAGUUACGAAAGGCUUCAAAGUUUGAAGAUGAGAUUCGCAUGGAGCAAGAGGAGCGAAAACGAGAAGAGGAGGAAAAAGCGGCGAGGCGAGAGCAAUUCCGGCAAAAAGCCGCAAUCUUCGGCAAAUAAUCAAAAAAAAGAAAAUUAUGACAGAGCGAAAGUAGCAGACUUAUCGUUAGAAUGCAAAAACCGAUUGCCUUAGAUUGUUUAGAUUUAUUUCCGAUGCUUGAUAUCGAUGUCGUCAACGAACGGCUAUAUAAACCAUUUAAAUGCGCUUUAAAAAGCAACGUGAAAUUGCGAAUUUAUCGCAAUCUAUUAUUAAACGAAUACAAAUUGAGUAAUGUAAUCUCCGGUGCUAUUUAAUACACGAAAAACGAUCUUAUGCCAAUCGUCUCUAAUUUCGCAAAUAAACGAAUCAUUUCCGCAUGUCAAACGAUAUCGAAAUCUCAAUUCAGCAAAAUUUAGCGCUUUCUAUAUUUAAUUUGAAGACUGUGUGUGUGAUGUAUUUUUGCAAUACUGUGCUUUGAAUGUGACAAACGUUAAAGACCCGUAUCUUCAAAGCAAGAUGAACAAUAAUAACGAGAACAAUGAAUUGUUUUGAAUCAUCACACAAUUUUUGUAUAUUUAUUAUUUACACUACAGAUAAUUUGACGCUUUAGCAUUUACAAUACUAUAUUCGAAAUAUAUUAUUGUUAAGAGUAUUUAAUAACGUUCAUGUAAUCGUAUAUAUAUGUCAAUUUUGUUGAUAGAAAUCAGAGUUUUGGAAAACUAUUGAUAUCUAUCAUACUGCACACAUAUCUAUCCUAUAGACAUAUUUUAAAAACUGUUAAAAUUAUUAUUUUAUGAUAAAGAUUUGUAAAUCACAGAUAAUGUGCAAACUAUUUUUAAUAGCAGGUUAUUUUUAAUAGCAGUAAUUAACAAAACUAUUUUUAAUCUUACUUUUUUAAUAGCAGUUUUCAUGAUAAUAAUCAUAGUAUUGUUAUAAAAUAAUGAAUGAUGCUAAGUAAAGUUGUAGAGAAAAAGAUUAAUUAAUAAUUACAUAAAAUAUUUAAUAUACACACAAAUGUUAAAGCAAGUAGAAAGCAAAUUUCAAUAAAUUUUAAAAGUAUUAACAUUGGAUAACUUUUUAUCGCGAAUGUUAAAAGAUUAUCGAAGACGAGGUUAAAUUUUGAUUCUUAUUGAAUGAAAUGUACAUUAAAGACAAUAUUGACAUAUAUAAAAAUCGAUAUUGGAUUAUUCAAGAAAAUGGCCUUAAAGACUUUCGAGUUUUCGAUAACGUAAGAUUUGGCGCGCGCUUGUACUUUAAUUUUUAUUACGCGCAAUGGCCUUUUAUUUAUAUUUUCUAUUUUAAAUAGAAUUCUUUGUGACACAUGUUAAAUAACAUAUAUGAAAAUAUGUAUAUAGAAUAUAAAAAGAAAUAUGUAUGGUUGUAUAUCUGUCUGCGUGAAUGUUGUGUAUACCAAGCCAGAAAAACAUGUUUGUUUAAUUUUAAAUUGAGACAUUAAUAAAAAUUACAUGUAGAUAAUUACAAAAAUUUAAUGAACAGCAGAUUUAUUAUAAUUACGCCAAUUUAUAUUUCACUGAAAAAGAUUAUAGCAUAGAUACUUUUUAAAUUAUUGACUGAUAAAAAGAUGAGUUAUAUAUUUCAUCAUUAAAAAAAGUGUAAUGUUUAAAUAAUAGAAGUAAUAGAAGAUCUUUUAAAAAUUCGCCAAAAUUCUUAUUUCUUUAUUUCGAUGAACAUUACUUUGUAAUAAUAUUGUGCAGAUAUUUUUAUGGUCUUGACAGUAUAUUGUAUAUGUUUUUAUGAUACAAUGUCAUUUUUGGCGACAUUUAUCUGUACAUAAUAAUAUUAGAAAGCCUCGAACCUUUAUUGUAAGAAGUGUGUGUAAGCUAUAGAUUGUAAAUAAACUUAUUUUAUUGUGUCA